AUGGGCUUGACCAAGUUCAUCGCACAACCAUAUGCAGUUGAGCGCGAACGUAUCACUUCGGCUCUCGCGUGUUUCCCGAACCUAACAUCCAUCUCGAUUCUGCGGCAGACUGAUCCGGCUCGCAAUCACGCCCCAACUUGGAUGGUCAGGGAGAUCCUUAUCUGGAUUGCGAGGCAUUUGUCCAGGCUCCAGUACAUGCGCAUAGACUACGAUGGGUAUCCACUCGAUCAUUUUGCGCAUCUUCCGUCUCUACGCACGCUACAGCUCUCGGGAUUUUCAGAUACCGCCCCGAAGCACGCCCAACAAAGUCUGCGAUCCCUAAUGAACCUCCAGGAAUUACAUAUUAUUCCCGCUGGCUACAUCAUGCGUCGACCGUAUUUCAAAUGCCAGCAACCGAAGCAGUCAGUAACGGCAGCGCUGAUUCAAAACCUUAAGCCCCUGAGAGUCCUGACGCUCUGCGAGCCACCUGAACGUCAAGCUAACAGCGAAGCGUUCCUCACACCGUUGAUGAUGAAAGCAGUUGGCUCAGCGCACGGUCAGAGCCUCGUCGAGCUGCGCAUCUGUUCACUGCAUGCAUUGUCAGGCGCUACACUGAGCAUGCUCUCUGCCCUGCUAACAACGGCCACUAGGCUCCGGGCUCUUGGUCUAACAUUCCCAGACAUGCUGGUGGACCUCCUGGAUGCCCUUCCCGAGACCGUCAUAUUGCUCGAGCUCCUGGUCCGAGAUGCGGUAGAGGCCCUCAUUAUGCUAGACAGGCUGAAUGCGUUACCCAGCACGUCCUUACAGCGAAGACGAGUCAAGUUCCUCACUGCCAGCUCUGCUAUUAAUGCCACGGGGUUGGCAUCUACGAAAUUGCCGAUCUGCCAAGUUGAAGAAAUGUGUCACGUCUCACGCAGAGCGCAUUCGGAUUGGACGGUCAGCUGGGGAGUGUGGCGGCCUUUCUCUGAUGCUUGA